UACAUGUCUAUCGGAAUGAAAUGGGGAGCCGUUAGAAGUUUAACUCCAUCUGUUACUACUAUUACUACUACUCCCAGACUACAACCACUGCAGUUACUCAGGCAGGACAGUUUUGUACUUGUUUUCACACACAUAAGAAUCAUGAGUCGACAAGAAUAUUCUACAAGUGGUUUGCAUGCUACUAGAAUUCUGAAAGAAUUAUCAUCUCUCAGGAAAUUAGAAGUUUUAUGUGAUGGAAGUGUUAAGUUAUUAGAUGGAAACAUGAAGGUUAGCCGCGCAAUUUUAGCUGCAGGAUGUCCUUACUUUAAAGCAUUGUUUACAUUUGAAGAGGAAGUGCAACAUGGUGUUCACAGUACUGCAGAGCCUGUGUUGGAUAUAACUGUCCAGUCUUUUGAAAUUAUACUAAAUUAUAUAUACACUGGGAAGAUAUCACUUGACAAUGAUAAUAUUCAAGAUAUACUUCAAGCAAGUGAUCUCUUGCUUAUGAAUGAUCUAAAGGAACUGUGUAUUCAGUACCUGAUGAUGAAAACUGACGUCGACAACUGUUUAGGAAUAUAUCAAUUUGCCCAGCAGUUUUCAUGCCCAAGACUCGUGCAUUUUGCUCAAGAUUUUAUUUUCCAGCAUUUUAGGCAUAGACAGAUUGUUCGGACAGAUGAGUUCCGCAAUUUGGGUGAAGAACGUUUGAAAUCCCUUUUGGCGCAAGAUGGAUUAAUGGUCAAGUCUGAGCUAGAUAUCUUGACUGCAUUAGUUGUGUGGCUUAACGAGAAUGGAUCCAAAAAUCCCGAUGUUGAGUCACUUGUUACAAACUGUUUGAGAGAAUCUGCCGAUUUGAAAUAUGAUCCAAGAUUCCAGCAAGCCUUACAAGAUCUUAAAGCUGGCAAGCCUCCCUGGGAUUCACCUGGAGCCGAAAUGGUGCGAGAUGCUUUGAAGAAGACACGUAGAAUUAGAUCAAUCAGACAGAGGGGCAUGAAGACAGUGCUGGCUUGCUGUGAUGAUGGAGAUGUAUUUCUGGUUAAUAUACUGAGCGCCUGCCAGUAUGGUAGCACCUCCCGGAAGUUGCCUCCCAUGCUUCACCCUAGAAUUAGACCUUCAAUUAUUACUAUGGGAGGAUAUCUUUUUGUUAUGGGAGGGGGAAACCAGAAUCAAGAGAUGUGUAAUGAAGUUCAAAAAUAUGACCCUCAAACCAACAGCUGGACUCUUAUGGCACCAAUGCCAUACUCGUGUUUUUCUCCAAAAGUUGUAGCUUAUUCUGGAAAACUGUAUGUAACUGGUGGUGUUGGAUUGUAUGAGCAAGAACUUCAAAUUUCAAGAUUUGAAGAAUUCGAUAUAUAUGCCAACAAGUGGCGAACGUUGCCUUCAGUGCCCAAUCCACGGAGAGGAACAGCAUUAGUGGUUGCAAACAAUAAAAUUUACUACAUUGGAGGAUCCCCUUGGCAAGAAUAUCCAGAUGGCGUUCAGUUUCUUCGUGUUGUUGAUGCCGUUGAUUAUUUUUGUUUAACUGAAGAAACAUGGGUAGCAGGUCCACAGUUGAAGGAGCGGAGGAGCCAUGCAACAGCAGUGUGUUCAGAUGAGAACGUGUUUGUGUUCGGGGGAACAAGACCCAUUGAGUGCCCAAGUGCUCACGGAAGUCUCAAAGUGACGGGAACAGAAGCACUGUUUUACGCGUCUUCUCAAAACUGGACACCUUUGGGUGGAUUUGCUGUUCCUAUUGAUGCCAGGUUUCAGCCGACAGCUUUAGCCACCAAUGAGUUUGUAUUGCUCAUUGGCAAAAAUGAUCCUACUGAUAAACGUCACAACGCUUUCAUCAUGGGAAGCACCGGAUGGAGUUUGAUUCCGUCGGGAAAUAGCGAAAGCAUUUUGACUUCAGGUGCCAGAAGGUUUUGUGGCUUUAGUCUUCUUACAUUGCCUGCUGCAGCCAUGCAGGACUUGCAGGUGGAAAGCGAUACUUAGAACUACUCUGUCUAUGUACAGGAGGUUUCUUAAGGAUCAGUCAGUGAACUUUUCUCAUAUGGUAAGUGCCGCAGUGUAAUACAGCACAGCAUGUUGAUAUUGAUUCUUAUAUUAUACAAAAUGUGCUGUCAUUGGAAGUAAGACAGAAUACCCAUAUUUGAAGAAAACGGGAAAAGUGAAGAGUGAUACUGAUGAAAAUGACAGUCAGAAGGCGUAGCUCAAUAAUUUUAAUGUGACAACCUAAUCAUAGUUUUCAUAUGGAUUGAUAUGAAAAUAACAACUGUUCUUUCCCAUUUAUACAUAUCCAUCUUACAAUAUGAAAAGUAAUGUCAUUUAGGUUAUGCUCAUUUUCCAGUGUGUACCAUUUCAUGUGACAGUGACGUCAUUCCAUGUCUGGCAUCAGAUACCUGUGACUCUCAUACUCCAGAACAACAUUAUUCUGCAUAUAUAUAUAUAUAUAUAUAUAUAUAUAUAUAUA